AUGCCGUAUCCCUGCACCCUUUUCCUCCGUCCCUCCACUGGGGCUGAGCGGAGGUCUCUCCAUGUUGUGAGGGAGCAGCAGGAGGCGGAGAGGAGCUACUGCAUGACGGACGCGUCCACGGAGGGCUCGUGCAGCAGUCGCCCGCCUUCCUCCUCCCAAAGCCCCGCUGCAUCAGGACGUCAGGAGCGAAGCGCUCCUCCAGCCUGCAGACGCCCGCUGCCUCCCGCCGGCACCCGACAGAGAGGAGGCUGCUCGGCGUCAGCGGGAGAGGGGAUGUCUCUGCCGGGUAUCCGACUCCGGAACCAGCCGACACAAGUGAUGCCGAGCCAGAGGAAGGUCAAAGCGAGACGGAAGAGACGACAGGAGCUGGUUUUGAUCCAGAUAUGCUUGUUCGGCGGCUUGCUGCUGGUCGUGAAGGGAUGCUCCUACCUGGCCGGAGGUUCAGGUUUCCAUGUGAGCAGCCCCAACGGUGAGGACCAGGAGAGGUGGGGAGGGAGGAGGCUACUGCAGGAAACAGACAACAGCAGCCUGGAGGAGAUGGAGGAGGAAGAAUCUAAGAACUGUACCGCUCCAGCUCUGCACGAGUUCCCUACAGACCUGUUCACCCACAAGGAGAGAACAGAAGGAGCCGUGGCCCUGCAUGUCCUCUGUACCAUUUACGUGUUCUGUGCCCUGGCCCUCGUUUGUGAUGACUACUUCGUCCCCUCGCUGGAGAAGUUGUGUGAGCGCCUCCAGCUCAGCGAGGACGUAGCAGGUGCUACCUUCAUGGCUGCUGGCAGCUCGGCUCCUGAGCUCUUCACAUCCAUCAUAGGUGUUUUCAUCACCAAAGGUGAUGUGGGUGUUGGGACCAUCGUGGGUUCAGCAGUCUUCAACAUCCUCUGCAUCAUCGGUGUGUGUGGCUUCUUCGCCGGUCAGGCAGUGAAGCUCUCUCAUUGGGCUCUACUCCGAGAUUCCAUCUUCUACACCUUUUCUAUCACGGCCCUCAUUGUGUUCAUCUACGAUGAGAAGGUGUGCUGGUGGGAGUCUCUUGUCCUGAUUCUCAUGUAUGCCGUCUACAUCCUCAUGAUGAAGUUCAACGGCAGGGCCCACCGCUACUUUGACCGUCGGAAGAGGAGCUCUGUGAAUCUGUCCAACGGGCUGACAGGAAGCACUGAUCUGGAGGACAAUGUCACGUGUGAUGCUACUGCAGUCCUGCUCAAGAAAGCUAACUUCCACUGUAAGCCAUCGGUGCUGAUGGUGGAUGAGCUGCUGUCUGCGUACCCCCACCAGCUGUCCUUCUCUGAGGCCGGCAUGAGGAUCAUGAUCACCAGUCAUUUCUCCCCCAGGACCCGCCUCACCAUGGCCUCUCGCAUGCUCAUCAACGAGAGACAAAGACUGAUCAACACCACUGAGACUCGAGUCAACCGCAUCACUAACGGAGACCCUGACUCCGCUCAGGGGAGGCGGAGCUUAGAGAACGGGAUGGGCGGAGCUGCGCAGGGCCUGAAUGGGAGGUGUAGACUUCAGCGACUGGAGUCUGGGAACGAGACAGAGAACGAAACUGAGGACAACGAGAACAACGAGGGAGGAGAGGCAGAGGAGGAGCACAACGGACCCCUGGUGCCUUUCAAAGUCCCAGCCGGGGCCUGUAACAAGCUGAAGUGGCUCACAAUGUGGCCCCUGUCCCUGCUGCUGUUCUUCACCGUGCCCAACUGUGCCAAGCGGCGCUGGGAGAGAUGGUUCAUGGUCUCCUUCUUCACCGCCACCAUGUGGAUCGCUGGCCUCUCCUACAUCAUGGUCUGGAUGGUGACUGUGAUCGGCUUCACUCUGGGCAUUCCAGACGUCAUCAUGGGCAUCACCUUCCUCGCAGCAGGCACCAGCGUCCCAGACUGCAUGGCUAGCGUUAUAGUCGCACGGCAAGGUCUGGGAGACAUGGCCAUCUCCAACUCCAUCGGCAGUAAUGUGUUUGACAUCCUGGUGGGUCUGGGUCUGCCCUGGACUCUGCAGACCCUCUGCAUCGACUACGGCUCCACGAUCCAUCUCAACAGCAGAGGACUCAUAUUCUCCGUUGGACUCCUGCUAGCCUCAGUAUUCGUCACAGUUCUCGGGGUCCAUCUGAACAAGUGGACUCUGGACUGGCGGCUGGGCUUGGCCUGCCUUGUCUUGUAUGCCAUCUUUUUAUCCUUCUCCAUCCUCAUUGAGUUCAACGUCUUCAUCUUCGUCAACCUCCCGAUGUGCCGAGACAUCCACUGACCUCCGUCCUGCUCCUCCUCUUCCUCUUCUUCUUCUUCCUCUGGUUGAUGGAGGAAAC